CUUCAGGACGAAGACUCUUCAGAUCCGCGAAACUCACGUCGGUAAAUUCGUAAGUGAUAUUGUUGUGAUGUCGUGGUUGUGGGCCUUCUGAUCGUCAGUAAGUGCGGCAAGUUCUGUUUGCCGCUGCCAGGACGCUUUUUGCACUUCCACCCUAAACUAACCACACAAGAUGUCAUCGGUCAAGGUAGCUGUGAGGGUUCGUCCCUUCAACAACAGGGAGGUGUCCAGGGAGAGCAAAUGCAUCAUUGAAAUGAACGGCUACACUACCACCAUAACAAACCCAAAAGCACCGCCAAACACAAAAGACGCAAUAAAAAGCUUCAACUAUGACUACUCAUACUGGUCCCAUGAUACCACCGAUUCCAAUUUUUCAUCACAAAUUAUGGUUUACAAAGACAUUGGAGAGGAGAUGCUGGAACACGCUUUUGAAGGCUACAACGUGUGUAUCUUCGCAUAUGGUCAGACUGGAGCUGGCAAGUCCUACACCAUGAUGGGACGGCAGGAGGUGGAGGGGGAGGAGGGAAUCAUCCCUCAGAUAUGUGAGGACUUGUUCAAGAGGAUACAGAAAACCACAUGUGACGAGCUCAAAUACUCUGUAGAGGUAAGCUACAUGGAGAUCUACUGUGAGAGGGUACGAGAUCUGUUGAACCCCAAGAACAAGGGAAACCUGAGAGUAAGAGAACAUCCACUGCUUGGCCCUUAUGUAGAAGAUCUGUCUAAACUAGCUGUCACAUCAUACCAGGAUAUCCACGAUCUCAUAGACGAGGGAAACAAAGCUAGAACGGUGGCCGCCACUAACAUGAACGAGACGUCAAGCAGAUCACAUGCAGUUUUCACCAUAUUCUUCACCCAGCAGAGGUUUGACAAGAUGACCGAGCUUACAACAGAGAAGGUCAGCAAGAUCUCGCUGGUGGACCUGGCUGGGUCGGAGAGAGCCGACUCCACGGGGGCGAAGGGGACGAGACUGAAAGAGGGGGCAAACAUCAACAAGAGUCUGACCACUUUGGGCAAAGUCAUAUCUGCAUUGGCAGAAGUGGCUAUGAAAAACAAGAAAAAAGGAAAGGAAAACUUUAUUCCCUACCGGGAUUCUGUGCUGACUUGGCUUCUGAGAGAAAACCUCGGUGGGAAUUCCAAGACUGCAAUGAUAGCAGCUAUCAGCCCUGCUGACAUCAACUAUGACGAGACCCUCUCUACUCUUAGGUAUGCCGACCGCGCUAAACAGAUUGUAUGCAAGGCAGUGGUGAACGAAGAUGCCAACGCCAAGUUGAUCAGGGAACUGAAAGAGGAGAUUCAACGGCUCAGAGACAUGCUGAAGGCGGAAGGCAUUGAAGUACAAGAAGGGCCAGAUGGUAAAGUCGUUUAUGAAAAGGCUAAAGAGAAUAGGGAGGAAGGUUUAAAGGUUAUGAAAGGCGAGAACGGGACCAAAGAGAUGGUACAAGCAUCAAUUAACGCUGAAGACACAGUGGACAGACUACAGGCCAGCGAAAAGCUAAUCGCAGAACUCAACGAGACGUGGGAGGACAAAUUGAAGAAGACGGAGAUAAUCCGCAUCCAGAGGGAGGCGGUGUUUGCAGAAAUGGGAGUGGCAGUUAAGGAGGACGGCAUGACAGUUGGAGUGUUCUCUCCUAAAAAGACUCCACAUCUAGUGAACCUCAAUGAGGACCCGCUCAUGUCAGAGUGUCUGUUGUAUUACAUCAAGGACGGCGUGACUCGUGUCGGCUCGGGCUCGUCCAACAUCACUCAGGACAUCCAGCUCAGCGGGCCGCACAUACAGAACGAGCAUUGUACAUUCGAGAACAAGGAAAGCGUGGUGACACUUCAACCAUUGUCUGGGGCUCUAAUCUACGUCAACGGCCGUCAAGUCAGCGAGCCAGUCGUACUUAAACACGGCUCUCGCGUCAUCUUGGGCAAAAACCAUGUGUUCCGCUUCAACCAUCCUGACCAGGCUCGAGAAAGGAGAGAAAACAAAAUCAAUGAAUUAAACUCAGAAGAAAUAAAAGAAGACAAAAUUAAAGAGAAAUCACCAGCCGAAACACCCAACAACGGAGAGACUGUGGAUUGGAACUUUGCCCAGAUCGAGCUGCUGGAGAAGCAAGGCAUUGACCUGCGAGAGGAGAUGCAGAAGCGGCUGGCCACGUUGGAGGAGCAGUUCCGUAAAGAGAAGGAGUCAGCUGAUCAGGCCUUUGAAGAACAGAGGAAGAACUACGAAGCAAGGAUUGAUGCGCUACAAAAACAAGUUGAAGAACAAAGUUUGACCAUGUCAAUGAUCAGCUCUUAUACCCCAGAAGAUUUCAGCAAUGAAGAUGGUAUAUUUGUCAAUCCACUAUUUGAAGCCACCUGUAACUGGACUGAUCGAGAGUAUCAGUUAGCCUCUUGGGCUUACCGCAAGUGGAAGUUCCAUCAGUUCACAUCCUUGCGAGACGACCUGUGGGGGAAUGCAAUAUUCCUCAAGGAAGCGAAUGCUAUUUCUGUAGAACUCAAGAAAAGGGUGCAAUUCCAAUUCACACUGCUCACCGACACACUCUACUCCCCUCUACCUCCAGACAUGAUUCCAGUGGCCGAGGAUGAGGCGGAGGAGGAGGAGAGGCCGUUCCCUCGAACCAUUGUUGCCGUCGAGGUCCUUGACACCAAGAACGGGGCGACUCAUUACUGGACCCUCGAGAAACUCAGGCAGAGGCUAGAGUUGAUGCGAGAGAUGUAUCUGAACGAGGCUGAGUUGUCCCCCACCAGCCCUGACUACAACAUCGAGUCACUCACCGGGGGCGAUCCCUUCUACGACCGAUUCCCGUGGUUCCGCAUGGUGGGGAGGUCGUUUGUGUACCUGAGUAACCUAAUGUAUCCCGUUCCACUGAUACACAAAGUCGCUAUUGUUAACGAGAAAGGAGAUGUUAAGGGAUAUCUGCGUAUUGCUGUGCAAGCUGUCAAUGACGAGGAGAGUGGUGAACACAUAAGCGGAGUGAGGCAGUCGGCCAAGAUAACAUUUGACGACGACUACUUGUUCGGCCACUACCGGAACAAGAAGGCGAUACAAGCGGAGGAGAGAGUGGUGGAAGGACACGCACACCAUGAAAAGCUUGAAGGAGACCUGGAGUGUGACGCAGACAGUGGCCGAGGAGACAGUUCCGUGUGCUCGGAGGCAAAGGAGGAAGAGUUACCUCCACACCUCGCAGUCAACAACGAGUUUACCUUCCGAGUCACUGUGCUGCAGGCGAUAGGCGUCUCCACGGAGUACGCCGACAUCUUCUGUCAGUUCAACUUCCUUCACAGACAUGAUGAGGCAUUUUCUACCGAACCUGUCAAAAACACUGGAAAAGGAACACCACUUGGAUUUUAUCAUGUUCAAAAUAUCACUGUGUCAGUCACCAAGUCGUUUGUGGAGUACAUCAAAACACAGCCGAUAGUGUUUGAAGUGUUUGGACAUUAUCAGCAACACCCGCUACACAGGGAUGCCAAGCAAGAAGGCCAUGUUCGCCAGCCUCCCAAGAGGAUGUUGCCACCGUCUAUCCCCAUUAGUCAGCCCGUCAGGUCUCCCAAGUUUGGAGUGUUACCAUCUCCUUGCACUUCCCACGUACAUGCCAAGUAUGACGUUCUCGUCUGGUUUGAAAUCUGCGAGCUCGCGCCCAACGGUGAGUACGUGCCAGCCGUGGUGGAUCACAGUGAUGAUUUGCCGUGCCGAGGGUUGUUCCUGCUUCACCAAGGAAUACAGAGGCGUAUCCGCAUCACUAUCGUCCACGAACACGCUCCAGAACUGCGCUGGAAGGAUGUACGGGAACUGGUCGUUGGUCGUAUCCGGAACACUCCUGAGCCAGAGGAAGAGGACAACGACAGCUCCGUGUUGUCCUUAGGGUUGUUCCCCGGAGAGCUGGUAGAGAUCCCAGGCGAUGACCGGGUCAUGUUCCGGUUUGAGGCAGCCUGGGACUCCUCCCUACACAACUCCCCUAUGCUCAACAGAGUGUCAGCCUACGGAGAGCAGAUCUUUAUGACCAUCUCCGCAUAUAUGGAGUUGGAGAAUUGCGGCCGGCCAGCCAUAGUCACAAAGGACCUGAGUAUGAUUAUCUACGGACGAGACGCACGUGUCGGGCCACGCUCUCUCAAACACCUGUUCUCCGGUAACUACCGCAACGCCGAGGCCAACCGUCUGUCCGGCGUGUACGAGCUGGUGCUGAAGCGGGCGUCUGAAGCAGGCGUACAGAGAAGACAGAGGCGAGUGUUGGACACGAGCUCCACGUACGUGCGAGGGGAGGAGAACCUACACGGGUGGAGGCCGAGGGGAGACAGCCUCAUCUUCGACCACCAGUGGGAGCUGGAGAAACUCACUAGACUACAGGAGGUGGAGAAAGUACGACACACACUUCUGCUGAGGGAGCGACUGGGAGUGGACAAGGGACCCAUCACCAAGUCUGAGAAGGAGGUAUGCAACAUGGUGGCGAAAGCCAGCACGGAGAGCCGAGGCAGUCCUAUCAAGAUCCGCAGAGGCAGUUCCAGCGUGAGUGUGAGGAAGGACUCGGAGGACGUGUACGCUCCGUGGGAGAUGACGGAUAGAGAGAGGGAGCUGACCUCCAAGUGUGUCAAGUUGAUACAAGGAAGGAUCCCUUGCAAGGAACCUGUCAAACACGAGGACGUUUCUCCAGGAGAGGAGAUGAUGGACAUGAACACAAGUGUUAUCACUUCUCCAACUACUCAUGAUGCUCUAUCCAAGCUUAUCUCGCCGGAGCGUGUGACACGGCCUGCGCUGCCCGAACACCUCAGUCUGCUGACGGAAAGUUGCGUGUCGGGUCAGAGCGUCGCACGCAGUGAGGACCAGACACUCGUGUUGUACGUUCCCGAGGUCGAGGAAAUACGCAUCAGCCCCGUGGUCGCGCGCAAGGGCUACCUCAACGUACUGGAGCAGAAGACCAACGGAUGGAAGAAGCGAUGGGUGACUGUCCGAAGGCCGUAUGUGUUUAUUUUCCGAGAUGAGAAGGACCCUGUAGAGCGAGCCCUCAUCAACUUGGCGACAGCUCAGGUCGAGUACUCGGAGGACCAACAGGCCAUGGUCAAGGUCCCAAACACAUUCAGUGUGGUUACAAAACAUCGCGGUUACCUGAUGCAGACUUUGGGAGACAAGGAAGUUCACGACUGGCUCUACGCUAUCAACCCACUUCUGGCCGGACAGAUCAGGUCCAAACUCGCACGACGCCCGACCCUCCCAGUAAACCCCUCCAACCAGACGCCAGAACUCGUCAAGUGAUUUCAUUCCCUCAUCCAACAUUACCUAGUUACUCUAGGCUCUCGUCCGAGAGCGUGUUAAGUUGUAUUUUGCAGCAUUUAAAUGUUAUGCACAGUAUUAAUUUUAUAAAUGUUAUUUUGUCACUUAUUUUGCUACUGUAGCUAUGUAUAUUGAAAGAAUUUGGGUUGUGAACUAGCUUGAGCUUUUGCAAGUUUGAAAUGUAUAUUUAUAUUUCAGAAAGGUUUUUGUUUUGUAACCGUAACGAUAGAACAGAUAUUGUUUACGUACCAAAUCAAACGGGCUGAUCUCCAACUGGCUCGACUAUUCAUGUUAGGUGUAACUUGUCUAGUGUACUUUACUCAUUCGUAUUGUUGAUAUUAGAUACCGUUUAGUUUUGUUUGCUAAAGAACUCGUGUAUUUCUAAAGUGUUAACACCAAUUUUAUUACAGUUCUGAUAAUUUCUCGUACUUUCCUUUACGGAUGAACCAAUGUGGUCUGUACUUGAAUUCCUAGUUGUGAUUAACUCGUUCUCUCACUGUUCAAGCUGUUUCAAAAUAUUGUACAAUAAUCUAUAUUUGUGACAGUAUUUUGGAUAUCAACAUUAGUCGUAAAUUGAAAGGUUCUCAACGUAUAACAGAUUAUAUUAUUUUUAAAGUCUUGUCUUGGGUGAUAUUAUGUUUUCCUGCUCAUGAUAUUUGUGUAUAACAUUUUCCUGUUAGUAAUUUGUUUAGAAUUUUCGUUUUGUGUUUUGCCACACCCUAAAAAGUGCAAAAUAUCUACUUAAAGCCUAAAAGUAUGAAAUGUAUAAACCAAAACUUGGAAAGCAAGACAUAAGCUCAAUUGCGCUUAAGCCAAAUGUAGGAAAGCUUGAAUCUACUCACUAGUUUCUUCACUCAAUUAUUUGAGUUUACAACAUUCAAGCUGGAUUACAAAGAUGUGAUUUACUAGUUUAUUUGUACCAUUUUAUUUUCCAAAAUUUAUUUUAAUGCUAUCGUUAUGUUGUAAAAAUUUUUAUUUUUAUUUUUUGCAGUCCAAAGUAGACUAAAAUGAUCAAAUGAACAGUAGCAAUCGUGGCAGAGGGAAAUCAACAGUUAUUUUAUUAUCAUGGAUAAGUUCUAAGGAAUGUACAAUUAAAACCUUGAUUGAUGCAUUUCAAAAUACAUUCCACUUUUCCAUACAUAGUAUGGCAAGUCUUUCAAGGGGAUUAUUUUAUUCACUAUUGAAGUAGUCAAAGUUUUAAAUGAAUUAUCUAUAGUCAGUUCAAGUGUUUACAUUAUAAUUCUUGUUUCUAAAUGUUACAGUUUCUUUUUGUACUUUUAAGUGGAUACUUUUUUCUGCAGGUUAUGCCAAUGAACAUAAAAAACUGUGCAAUCCAAGAAACAACUUCAUUUCUAGUCAUAUUUAAACUCUUAUAAUUUUUUUUUUAAGAUAUCAACUUUGUGAUGUGUAGGCCUACACAGUCAAAUAUUUAAAAAAGCAAGAGUUUAAAUUAUAAUCUUUUACUCAAACAAGCAACUGUGUAAAUGGGGUGCUUUGGUAAUCUAAAGUUCACCCACAUUUCACUGAGUUGCUAUUUUUCAACUUUUUAUAAGAUGUUUGCUUUUGGUUUUAAUUGUUUAUUACUAUAAUGUAUAUGUAGGUAGCGAAGCACUACCAAAUCUCACCCUCGUAUUUUUUUCUGCAUAGGAAAGAACGCAAUGUGACGGCUGUAGUUUAUUUUUAUUUGUAAUGUUGUGAUAAACUCUUUUUGAUUAUUAGGUUAGUUAAACAAGCUUUAAUAAUUGUAAAUUAAUUUAUUCAGUGUGCCUCUAUCAACUUGUUUGCAUCAGGAAAUAAACCAUGCAUUCCAUAAGUACAUGUGUUAUAAAAACGUAAAUAUUUACUCAAAGUAUAAGGUUGUUGUAUUAAAAUACAAUGUGCUUUCGAGUUUUAAGUAUUAUAUCUUAAAACAAAACUACUCUUACCAAAAUAUAGACGUAAAUUGUAAUUCUAUUUGUAUUUUAUUUAAUUUGUAGUAAAGUAUCAUUCCAUCUUAGUCUGUAUUCAAAUUACUUCAAAAACUUGAAAAACCAAAGAUGUUAAAGAUGAACUUUCUUUGCCUAGAUAAAAUCAUUUAGAAUUAUAUGUGAAAAGAGCUACCAGUUUUAGACAAAACUUGCUUUAAUAUUUCAAUAUAAUCAAAUUGUAAGUAAUAUUUCAUGAUUUUUAAUCUAUUUAGACAAUAUAAAUUUUGAAAAUUUGAUGCGCUAUUUUUAUAUUUAACAUAAGGUGUGGCGUAUACUAACCUUUUUUAAAAAGUGUACCUUUGAAAAGCUUUUACUUUUCCUCAUUAGAAAAGUCUCAAAAUAUAUGUUACUCUUAUCUCAUUUUCUAACUUAAAAUUCCAUCAAGAUCAAUGUUAGUGUGAAAUCAAUACUGUUAUUUUGUUAAUGUAACAUUGAUUAUACUCUUGGUCAAGUAUGUAUUAUUUAAUCAGAUGUAACAAUAUUUUCUUACUAAAGUGUAACAUUCCAGUACUAAAAAUUUGCUGUACAUUUUCUUUUAUUGCGUUAUGCAAUUUGAUGUUAUUUUAAAUCAUUACGGAUUAAUUGUCUAACCAAUUAUGGUGCAAUUUAUUAUCAAUUUUUGUGAUAUUUUUUCUAGUCAUUUCGUUUUGGUGCCAAUCAAAUGAAAAUUUUAGUUUGGAGUUGUCUCUCAAAAUUAGUUUCUCAAAUUCUGUGCCAUAUUAUUACCAAGUGACCUUUUAUUUGUAUUGAGUUAAAAAUGGAAUCCAUAUUUUGCCAAUAUCCAUUACCUAAUAUGAUAUUCCAGUUCCAUUAUAAUAUUUUCCAACUAACAUGUAAUUAAUAUCAUCAAGAUUAAUUUCUUGAAAAAAACUUUAUAUUUCCUAGUAAAAUCAUUAGUUUUGAAUAAAAUCGGAACUACAAAAUCAUUACCAAAAAAAGGUCACUGAAAUUGAAUCCUUAAGUUUAAAUCAUAGUUAAAUCAAUCUCCUAUAUUUAUGUAAUUUUUCCUUGUGAUUCCUGUACCUAGUUUAAUCAGUUGUUAGAAACCAAGUGAUUUAGAGAAUUUAAUUUGUAAUAUUGUAAAUUAUUGAUACUGCUACAAUACUGAAAAUAUGAAUGUAUUAAAUGAAUUCGUCAAUAAAAAUCA